AUGCAGGGAAUGACGACUCAUUUCAAGACGAGUAAAGCAUUAAAGGUCAAGAGGGAGACGGGGGAGAAUGCUCCGGCGCUCAGCGACGAUGAGCUGGUGGCCAUGUCGGUGCGGGAGCUCAACCAGCACCUGCGCGGCCUGACCAAAGAGGACGUCGUGCGGCUGAAGCAGCGCCGGCGGACGCUGAAAAACCGCGGCUACGCCGCCAGCUGCCGCAUCAAGCGCGUCACCCAGAAGGAGGAGCUGGAGAAACAAAAGGGCGAACUGCAGCAGGAGGUGGACAAGCUGGCCCGGGAAAAUGCCAGCAUGAGGCUGGAGCUGGAGGCGCUGCGGGCCAAGUACGAGGCCCUGCAGUGCUUCGCCAGGACUGUGACCCGGGGGCAGAUCUCACCAGGCAAGGUGGCCACCACCAGCGUCAUCACCAUUGUCAAGUCCGCCAACCACAACAACUCCGGCCCCGCCCCGUUCUCGACCCCUUCCUAG